AUGCAGGAACCCCGAGCAUCUGCGAGUGUAGUGUCCCUUCCUGAUGGUCGCGUCUUCGUGAUCGGUGGCGUUAGUGGAUUCGAAAUGCUGGAUUCGGUGGAGUUCUGCCGGCCAACUGAGGACGCCUUCGAAGUUGACGAAACUGCCGAUUUUUGGAAGGUGGCAGCAACAAUGCCCUGUCCACGUUAUGAACAAGCGGCCGUGGCCAUUGAUGGAAAGAUACUUGUUGCUGGUGGUGUUAGCAAUUUUAUGCAGAGGACGGUACACAUGUUCACGCCUCCCAACAGUCUUACCAGCAUUGGUCAAUGGACAAGGUUGACCUCCAUGCGCCAGUGUCGUUACUGCUUUUCUCUUGUUGCCACGGCAAACAAAGUCUUCGCCUUCGGUACGUUGCGCCGUAGACAUUUUUUAUGA